UCAGUAGAUACCAUGUCACAGGUUAGUGUUAUAGGUCAGGAACCAGGACCAUCCGACCUCCUCCUGAUAUAGACAUGGCUUCAGAGUUACCUCCACUGUCAGUAGAUACCAUGUCACAGGUUAGUGUUAUAGGUCAGAACCAGGGCCUCCUGAUAUAGACAUGGCUUCAGAGUUACCUCCCCUGUCAGUGGAUACCAUGUCACAGGUUAGUGUUAUAGGUCAGAACCAGGGCCUCCUGAUAUAGUCAUGGCUUCAGAGUUACCUCCCCUGUCAGUAGAUACCAUGUCACAGAUCCAGUUGACGGAAUUUAUUCCACACUUAGUUUGUCUAGUCACAGGAAGGGAACAACCAUACUUUGGUAAAAAUCAGUACAAACCUGUCUGGUGGCCUGAUGGAGUGGCAUGGACAACUCCAGAUGAAGAAUCAGAUAAUACUUUAGCAUUACAGAUACAAGCCCAGGAAUUAAGAGCAGUUGUAAGAAGUUGUUAUAAACAUCUUGGCCAGGAAAGUUUAUUGGGAGGGGCUUCUGAACCGUCAGAGAUAGCAAAGGAUGAGGUGGUAGAAUCUCCUGCCAGUCAAGAAACCAGUCUGCCUGAUACUGGAGGUGGUUGUCAAGAAAGUGUUGAAGAUCCUAUAUGGAUUUGUUUUCUGUGUGCUCAACAAUUCGCUGAUCAGGAGGAAUUAAUGACUCACCAAGACAAGUGUGAAGAAGAGGCUGAGAAGGAGGAGUCUAACCCCCCACCCCCUCCUCCUCCUCCUCCUCGUCGUCCUCCCACACCUCCAGUAAGAAGGUUAAGACCACGUCGUACUAAACCAACACAUAUAGUUAUACAGCCUCAAACCCCACAAUAUCAAGUCCAGCCAGUUAAAUUAGUCUGCCAUAGGAGGAGACGAUUUACACCAGAACCUUAUAUUCCUCCCAAAACGGAGGAUUUUCUGAAAGCUCUUAAUUUGUAUGACAAACCAAAGGAACCUCCACGAGUUGUUACCCCUGUCUCAGAUAUUGAUAGUGAUUGUGAAAUUAUUGACGUCACAUAUGGUGAAUCUGCUGUACAGACACCUAGAACUCCCAAAUCAUUAAUGUCACAGAUGAGUAGAGACACACAUAACAGUUGUAGAAAACGACACUUAAGUUUUACUCAGGCAUUGGAACUUCCUGAGGGCUAUAGCUCAGAAGACUCAGAGAGUGAAACUGAAAGUGGAUCUCAGAAAAACAAAUUGAAAACUCCACUUGGAACUUUACUUUGUGGCGUUGAUUUAACUUCCCCAUUAGGGCAGAGGGUUAAGAAACAUUGGAAGAUUGAUACAAAUUAUACAAUCAUAAGUGGAGAUAAAAUAGAACAGUUUUGUUCUGGACCAAUGAAAAAUGAUUUUGUGGAAAAAUUACGCCACAGAGGAGAAUCUUCAUACCCAAUUGUAUUCAAUAAAAAGAACCGAAGGCAUAUGUCUAAACAUAAACAUUCAUAUAAAUUUAACUCAGGACAAAGAAAGGAAUUCAUGAUGUGUUUAAAAACUGGACUUACAAAAAGAAGCAGAAAAUUAUUGGAGGAUAUAGUGAAAUGUAGUGUUAAACUUGACCGAGUGAAACCAGGAGUGAUAAAGAGAUGGUUAAAACCUAAGCCCCCUCCACCCUAUCCUUAUGCAUACAUCCGUAGAAUGUAUGAACAGGAACAUCCUAUCAUUAAGAAAAUAGUACAGAAACCUAAACCUGGACCUAAAUAUGCCAAAUUAAAACAAAUAACUGAUGGUCUUCGCAAACUUAACAGGCCUCACAAUCUUCUUCCAAAUCAGCGAAUGUUUUCUAAAGUAGUUCAUAACCCAGAUGGUUCUACUAGUAUGAGAAUGGUUUACCAACAUCCCACUUCCCAAGUUAGGCCUCAGUUUAGCAAUGUGCCAGGUAAUAGACGAAAACAAACAUUUAAUCAAAGUACGGUGAGACAGAUUGAUCCAGAUGACAUUGAGAUAAUUGAACUGUCAUCGUCUGAUGAGGAGGGUGAUAAAGUACCUCAGCAACCUCAUCAGCCAGCUUCACUCCCUCCUAAAGGGAUGACCACAUUUAAAAACAUAACUGGGGUAGCAACAAGUCCUCAGAUAGCAAGGAGAAUGGCAGUUCCCAACUCACAAAAGCUAUUCAGGUCACAUCAGCAGCAUUCGCCGGGUAUGAUGUCACCAAGAAUGACUUUUUACCCAAGACUUCAGCAGCAAGUCUCAAGGCCUAUAAGUCCUUCAAAUACAAGAGAAAGAAUAUUUCAAGGUGUAAGGGGAAUAUUAAGUCCGUCAUCUUUACAAAAUAAAUCUCAUGCUACGAUACAUUCCUCACCUCCAGGCGCCAGUACUUGUAAAGAACUAAUGCAAAAUUCCAAGCCUGUAUCAGGUUUUGUAAAUAGAGCAAUGUUUAAAGAGACACCACAGAUCCUUAGAACCUCUCAGAAUAGUCCAUCCAAAUCAAUGAACAAAAACUCACCAAAAGCAGCCGGUUUUCCUGGGUAUGUACGAAUGGACUACACAGUUCCUGCUGAUUCUACUACUAGUUCUGUAGGUGCAAGCUUUAAUGUUAAAUAUACUAAUGGAUCCCCUGUUAUAUCUAAAACUAUGGUCCAGCCUGUACAGACCAACAGAUCACCAUUAAUUGCAAAACCACGAGAUCCUAUAAUGGAGUCUGACGUCAUUGUUAUUGAUGAUGAAGAUUGAUGUUAAUUAAUUAUUUAUUUAUCAUAGUCAUGCUGGUAUUCAUGUAAAGUUGUCUUUGUUUCUAAAAACAUCAUGUUCUAAAGCAAAAGAUGUUUUGCAUCUAGGAUUUUUGUGUGUUAGUUCCUUCUGUAUACUUUAAUUUUUGCUUUAAGCAAUAUACUUUGAUGCAAUAUAAACAUGAUCAAUAUAAAGGCAUUCAUUUGGCAAGUUCUUAAUUUUAGACUUCUACUCUAUGUUCAAAAUCAGAAGUUAAAAGUUUAGUUUGUUCAAAUUAUCAUCUAAAAGCAGCAUAUAACAUGUAUAAUAGAAGAUUAUUGGUUACAAUUUUCCUUAUUAGAUAUUUAUGAAUUAUUAAAUGCUUCUUUUUGGUAAUUUUAUUGGGGCAUAAAGGCUUUUAAAGAAUCACAUUUGGUACGAAGUACAGAUUAGCUUCAUACUAAACAAAGCUUUCAACUGUUUUCAACCUAAGAAUUUUUUUUAUUGAGAAGCAUUAAAUUCUUAUGAUAACAUUUGUAUACUAAAUGUACAACCAUGAUAAUAGAAGUUCAAUCAAGCCUUUUUUCUGUUUUUUUUUUAAUAAAAAUAUUUAAAUGUCAUGAGUCCAUGCAGUCAUAGAAAAUAAUUAAUGCUUGCAAGUGAAUAAUAAAUAGUAAGAAGGACAUAUAUAUUCACUAAUAUUCAUGCAAUAUCCCUUUUAUCAUUGUAAAGUAAAGAUUGAAAAACUCAGUAGACAUAUUUUUGUCACUGAUGACUGCUCUAAUUUGAAGGUUUAUUUGCACUAGUGCAGUACAAUGCAUUAUUAUAUACUUAAUUCGGGAACUAAUCUGUAUGAAAUAUUUUGUUACUGUACUAUGAAUAUAGAUUCUUCCACUGCAAUCAAUGACAAAAUUUCUGCUCUUGAGACAGCUCCUUCGAACAUUUAGUUUGAUAAAUUUAUUCCUGACUGUCUUGUUAAAAACCUGCCUCAGAUUCUAUUUGUGAACCAAAUCUUGUAUUUCUUUAUUUAAAAAUCAUUGAAAUGUUUAGUUAUAGAUUAUUAAAUUUGAUAUAAUUAAUUUAUUAGCCAAAGAAGUAAAUUUAUAGCAAUUUGUGUUUAAAGAAAACUUUAUAUAGAAAAUACUAGUCCAAAUAAUAAGAACGUCUGGAAAGGCUUUUUGUCGAGCCUUCGACUUUUGUUGAAAAAGCGAGACUAAGCGAUCCUACAUUCCGUCGGCGUCUUCUGGGGUGUCAACAAAUAUUCACUCUGUGGUUAAAGUUUUUGAAAUUUAAAUAACUUUCUUAAACUAUACUGGAUUACUUCCAAACGUGGACAGAAGCUUGUUUAUGAUCAUAAGAUAGUAUCCAGAAGUAAAUUUUGUAAAAAUAAAGUUCCAUUUUUUCCUUAUUUUACUUAUAAAUGGACUUAGUUUUACAUUCACUCUGUGGUUAAAGUUUUUAAAAUUUUAAUAACUUUCUUAAACUAUCCUGGGUUUGUACCAAACUUUAACAGAAGCUUGUUUAUGAUCAAAAGAUAUUAUACAGAAGUAAAUUUAAAAAAAAAAAAUCCGUUUUUUCCGUAUUUUACUUUUAAAUGGACUUAGAUUUUCUGCCAGGAAACAACACAUUCACUCUGUGGUUCAAUUUAAAAAAAAAUUAAUAACUUUCUUAUACUACUUUAAAUUUGUACCAAACUUAGACAGAAGCUUGUUUAUGAUCAGAAGCUUGUAUUAAGAAGGAAAUUUUGUUAAUAUUUUGUACCUGUGUAUCUUUUUUACUUAUAAAUGGAGUCAGGACUUAGUUUUCUUCCAGUUAACAUUACAUACAGUCUGCAGUUAAAAGUUUUUAAACAUUUAUCAGAUUCAUAAACUAUUCUGGAUUUUUACCAAACUUGGACAGAGGUUUCUUACAAUCAAAAGAUAGUAUAAAGAGGAAAAAUUUAAUUGAUUUUUCCCUCAUUUUUGUUGAGUGUGAUUUACAGCAAAAGUAGGCGAGACACUGGGUUCCGCGGAACCCUUACAAAUUUUUUUUUUUUUUUUGCUUUGACAAUUUUCUGGUACAGACUAAAUUAUAAGAAAUUACCAAUAAUGCAUAUAAUAUUCUUUAAGAAGUCAAAUUCAUAUAAGGCAGCUAUGGUUAUAAAUUUUAUAAUCAGAACUUUGAAAAUUUAUAGCUUUAAUUGAUGAUGAUAGCACUAUAUAUUGUCAAACAGUUAAAUUGAUGUGACUGGGGAUUAGAUAUCUUGAUUGGACCUGUUAGUUUUCUGAUUAAUGAUCCAAAUUCCCUUUAAUGAACUCACUACUACAGGGGUGUUAAAAGACCAUGCCAAUGCAUGGUGCACAAUUAACACAUCAAUUAUGUCAUCUAUUGUGUUUCACAAGUAAAACUUUAUCAAAAAUAAAAUUUAGUAAUGGGCAUUAAUCAUGUAAAAAGUAGAAUCUGAAUACCAUUUUAGAACAGAUGGGAUGUAAAAGGCUUCACCAACCUAUUUUGUAUUCUUUUCUGUUUUUCUUAUAAAAUGUAACAAACUUUUGUUUGUUAUAAAUUGUUAAUAUACAUUGUAUAACCUUAAUAAACCGCUUUCAUAGUGCUAAUUUUAUAAGAGAAAAAAAGGUAUUGCCAAAAAGGGUUUGUCUGAUACUAGAACAGUUCCUUCUUGAAACUGUGAUCAAAUUUAAUUGGCUGAUAUUAUAUGAGAGGCUAGUUGGGUUUUAUAAACUUUAUAGGAGGUCCAGAUGAAGUCUGUUCUGUACUUAAACUUUUGCUUGUGAUCAAAUUUUUUUACAUACAUUUGUCCUUCAAUUGCUACAAUCUAUUCAUAUUUACUUUUCGAUCUUAGAAAACUAUUAUGCCUUAUAGAUUUUAUGAAGGAACCUUCAAAUAUUAAAUUUAUUCAGGGUUAGUAGUUACGCAUUAUAAACUUUUGUAUAUAUUUAGUGUAUUUAAGUUAAGUGAUGUUUAUAUAUCUUUUAAGAUGAAUUUAUUGCAGCAUUUUGUAUGUAGUUAUGUUUUUGCAAAAUUUAUAUUCAUAGAGUUUAAUUGCAAAAUUUUGCUAUCAGAAUCUGAGUUGAAAUACUUUUUGAUUCAUGGAAAGAUUAUGUAGAGCAAACCCUUUUUUCAGGUAAUGUCUUACUUAAGACAAAACUUAGGUUUGCUAUUCUGUUAGCUUUUAGUAGUGUUUCAAGGCUUUAUAUUUACAUCUGAUUGCAUUGAGUGUGUAGGUAAAGGUAAUAUCAUUGGUUAGCUGGCUUGUUAGGUGAACCAUGAAGUCAUUAUAAGGUUUUGUAAACUAUACUCCUUUAAGUGUAUACUAGUCUGACAGAUAACCACUGUAUUUGUCUAGGACUAGGCUACUUCGAAAGGAGGGUAGUAUACCUUACCUCAUAAUGACUUCACGAUUCAGCUAGCAAGCAAGCUAACCAAAAAUAUUACCUUUACCCACACACUCAAUGUAAUCAGAUGUAAGAAGUAAGAAAAGCUUUAUAUUUAAUAUUUUAAGAACCCAUUAAACUAUGUCCACAUUACCUCAUUGGUGUAGUGGUCUAAGACUUCAGAACUACUGUAUCAAUAGCCUGUCAGUGCUAAUUGUUAAUUUAAAUCAGCAUCUGGUAGGUGUGUUUGACUACAAUCUUAAUUGACUAGCAUUGGCAGUUUUCAUAUUUAAGAACUCUGGUUCUCUCUGGGGACUCUAGCUUUCUCCACGAAUAAAAGCUGACCGCCACCAAAUAUAACAAUAGUGCUGAAAGUGGUGUUUAAACACCAAUCAGUCAAUCAGUCCUAUAUAUCAAUUACUAUGACUUCUUUUUCAUAAUCAAUUUGAUUCCAAUAAAACAUUUUACCCUCUGUGUCAAUAUCUAUAAUGGUGUGUCACACUGUGAAUCCAUCUUACAGACAAACACAGCUGAUAUACAGAGAACAGCUCGGCUUGCAACCAUUGCAUUUGUGUGCAGGCGUAUCUAAGAUAACCAGAUCUAGAGAUCUGGAAAUAUCUUUUUUUCCCUGGUUAUCCUUAAAGAAAUCUGCUGGUCCUUACUAUUAUUUCAAUUGCAAAAUACCAAAAUUGUUGGCCCUCACAAAAUUUUGGUAGUCAAAACCUACCAACCGCCACUUUUGAAGAAUUUUGAUAUGCUGUAGGUGAAAGUUUUGUGACCCUGUUGAUCCACUUCUCUCUCAGUCAUUAUGCAUAAUAGGAUCAUGUAAACUAGUUUUCUUUUCAAGACCAAUCCACAAGUUUGAUUUUGAUUAUGAUUUAUUUAUUUGUUAAGUUAAAUACUGAAAUUUGUAGUGCACCUAUACCCAUGAGAUUCAGACAAGCAGUUACACAUAAAAAAGUUACAAAUCAACAGUUUAAAUGAUUGUAUUUUGGUAUGGAUGUUUCCAUGCCUAUCCCUUUAUAAUCUAUUCUUAGAUUUGGCAAAGUCUAGAUAUGUGUGAGCCAAGGCUCCGUGUUGAAGGCUGUACAUUGACCUGUAAUGGUUUACUUUUUUAAAUUGUUAUUUGGAUGGAAAGUUGUCUCAUUGGCACUCACACCACAUCUUCCUAUAUCUAUGGCUUGUUUUAAUAUGGGAGUGCUGCAGGUAAUUUCAGUCUUGUUUGUGUACACAGCAGUAUUUGCAAUGAAGGAUAUCAAUUUUGUGUUAUUAUUUAUAGAGGCGAAUUUAGGGGGGCCCGGGGGGAAUUGGUUGCUUAUAUGGGGAAUCACUGAAGCGUGACUGGAGCGGGCCCCCUCUUAGGCAGUCAGUGGGCCCCCCACUUAUGAAAAUUCCUGGAUCCGCCACUGAUUAACAUUUGUUUUCAACCAGUUUUCCAUGGUCUGCCAAGGUUUCUGGAAUUUUUAUGUGCAGAUAAAAGAUUUGUAUAUUUACCACUUUUUGUGAACAUAUAUUUUUAGAAAUUUUGUAAGUUUCAACUUAUUUCCCCUAAAAAAAAACUUGUUUUUCUUUUGAGAAUUUAUAGAAAUAAAUAGUGUGAAGAUUAAAAUACUUUGAACCCACAGCUUUAAACAUGAAGUUUACUGAAGUGUGAACAUUUGUAGCUUGACAUGGACCUCAACGGUAUUGAAGAUGAGGAGCAGCAAUUAAAGUAAAUAAAUAAUUUGUUGCAUUGUGUUGGGUUUUAUUAAGAACAUAUAAAAAAAGAGGAUGUUUAACUUUUACAUACCAGGACAUUUUGCAGUGUCAUGAAUACAUAUUAAAUUAUCCUUUUAAUUUAAAUUACCUUUCUAUAAUUUCAACUAAAGGUUCCUGAAAGUAGAUGAGAUAGAUGUGUUAUUAAUACUAUUUAUAUUAUUUCAAAUUACAAACUGUAAGCUUUCCAUUCCUUUAUUAAUAGUCUUUGGCCAGUUUUCAUAAAGACAAAUUUCUGGCUUUAUUCUUUUUUCUAUUCAUCAGAUUGUCAUAAAGCUCAACAUUAUCAGAUUGUCAUAAAGCUUAACAUUAUCAGAUGUAAAAGAGUAUAGUAGUCUAAUGAUUAUAUUUUCAUACAUCAUACUUGUAAAAUUUUCAUGAAGUAGGUCGAUUUUUCAAUGAAAAAAAAAUCAUUUCUGAUUUGAUUCAAAUAAUAUAUAUUUUUGUACAGAUACAUUUAUGUAUAAAACAUUGAUCAAGAUUCACAUUUUGUAUUCACUUUCUGUAUGUCUUUAUUGAAGUCAGGAAAGGUAUAAUAAA